AUGCGCCCUUCCAAUACGAGCCCCGAAUGUGAUUACGAAGAUAUUGUGAAAGGGUUUCUACUGGAAAUUGCGUACAAGCAACCAGACCAUGAUUUUGACAUUGAACUAAAGACUCGGGUGGAGUGUGCCUUUGAAUCCCAUGGGCUUUCGCGGGAGUUCGUGUCCCGAAUUGGACCAUAUAUCGAUACAGCGAUCGACAUAGCAUCCUUCGCAUAUCCCUUUGCCUCGCGUGAAGCUCGGGAUUACAUUGCCAUAUUCACUUCAUAUUGUGUGGCCAUUGACGACCUUGCGCCUGAGAUUAUAACAGACUUGCGGGAUUAUAUGAAUCGCUUGGUCCUCAGAAAGACACAUGGACACCAGCUACUCCGUGGCCUUACGAAGUUCCUGGGGGGGCAACAAACAUGGAGAAUAUUCGGACAGUUUGGUGGAGACAUGAUUGUCAAAUCAACUCUUGAAUACAUCUCAGUCACUGUCGUCGAGCAGAAUCAAGAGAAUAAUUUGCAUUUCUGUCGUGAUGCAUCCGACUAUCUGUUUUUCUUCAGGGCGAAAACAGGUCUUUCUGAGGCAUAUGCCUUUUUUUGCUUUCCUGAUGAGCGAGAUCUGACUAGAUACAUCACAGCUAUUCCAAGCCUCAUGGUAUUGCUGUGCUACAUAAACGACAUCUUAUCUUUUUACAAGGAAGAGAGCGAGGCGGGUGAUCCUUCUGGACUAAUACAAAACUAUGCCAAAGCCUUUGGUCUCACCUCCCUCCAGUCACUAUGCCAUAUCAGAAAGAAAACUGUCGAGGAAGCAAGAAAGAUUUGCAGAAUAAUGUCUGGAGAUGCUGUUAUGGCUGAAAAUCUCAACAGAUUCAUCUCCGGUUAUAUCUUCUUUCAUCUUGUUGGUAGGCGUUAUAGAUUGGAUGAAUUGAACAUUCCCGCUGCUGUUGAAUCAAGGAUUGUCUUUGAGAAAAUGGUUGAGCAGAAGAGACGUGGGUAG